GCCGCCGCCCCGCGCUCCCGCGCUCGGUUCCGCCCAGGUCGCGCCCAGCUGGAAUGCAGAGAUCGCCGCCCGGCUACGGCGCACAGGACGACCCGCCCGCCCGCCACGACUGUGAUGGCCCGGAUCCGGGCGCCGCUGAGCGCGCGGCCUCCCGCGCCCCCGCCGCCCUCGCCGCCGCCGCCGCGCCCGCCUCGCCGCCCAGCCGCAUGCGAAGCCCGCAGCGCAGCCCCGAGCCGGGGCGCUAUGGCCUCAGCUCAGCGAGCCGCGGGGAACGCCAGACGGCCGACGAGUCGCGCAUCCGGCGGCCCAUGAACGCCUUCAUGGUGUGGGCAAAGGACGAGCGCAAGCGGCUGGCUCAGCAGAACCCGGACCUGCACAACGCGGUGCUCAGCAAGAUGCUGGGCAAAGCGUGGAAGGAGCUCAACACGGCGGAGAAGCGGCCCUUCGUGGAGGAGGCCGAACGGCUGCGCGUGCAGCACUUGCGCGACCACCCCAACUACAAGUACCGGCCGCGCCGCAAGAAGCAGGCGCGCAAGGCCCGGCGGCUGGAGCCCGGCCUCCUGCUCCCAGGCCUAGCGCCCCCGCAGCCGCCGCCCGAGCACUUCCCCGCCGCGCCCGGCCCGGCUCGCGCCUUCCGUGAGCUGCCCCCGCUGGGUGCCGAGUUCGACGGCCUAGGGCUGCCCACGCCCGAGCGCUCGCCUCUGGACGGCCUGGAGCCCAGCGAAGCUGCCUUCUUCCCACCGCCCGCGGCGCCCGAGGACUGCGCGCUGCGCGCCUUCCGCGCGCCCUACGCGCCCGCUGAGUUGCCCCGCGACCCCGGCGGCUGCUACGGGGCUCCCCUGGCCGAGGCACUCAGGACCGCGCCCCCUGCCGCGCCGCUCUCAGGCUUGUACUACGGCGCCCUGGGCGCGCCAGGCCCGUACCCCGGCCCGCUGUCGCCGCCGCCCGAGGCCCCGCCGCUGGAGGGCGCCGAGCCGCUGGGGCCCGCCGCCGACCUGUGGGCCGACGUGGACCUCACCGAGUUCGACCAGUACCUCAACUGCAACCGGACUCGGCCCGACGCCGCGGGGCUCCCGUACCACGUGGCGCUGGCCAAACUGGGCCCGCGCGCCAUGACCUGCCCGGAGGAGAGCAGCCUGAUCUCGGCGCUGUCCGACGCCAGCAGCGCCGUCUACUACAGCGCGUGCAUCUCCGGCUAGGCCCCGCCCGUCCUCGCCGCCUCCUCCCGCCGCUGCGAAUCUCUGCUCUGCUCUGUCGCAGGUGUAUGUUUUGGCGACGUGUAACAGCCCCUUAGGAGCCAGUGACCCUACCAGCCUUGCCCCCACCGCCCUGCCACCUCCACAGGCUUCCAGGCCACCUGCCCUCAGGGGGCUCCAGGAGGGUGACGGGUGGUUCCCUCAUGCCCCGGGCUUUCCCAGGAAGCCCAGGCCUAGGACCUGUUGGCUGGCCCCGCCAGGGUUAAGUUUUUGAAGCGCCUAAUCCUUUUUCUUCAGUAUAUUUUCUAGAACCAGAUUGUAUUUUUUACUUUGCCUUUUUUUUAUAUACGUAAUACAAUAUAUUUAAUUUUUAAUUAAACUUUUAAACUUUU